GGUUUCUUCCCAGCAAUGAAGGUCGAACAACUAUAUAGCCGCCCAGCUAGCCCGGGGCUUAAGGGUUCUUCCUCUUUUUUUGACACACAAUUUGUUUUGGGCUUUGCUGGGUUUUUGUUUUCGUUCUAUUUUCAUCCUUGAGUAGUUCGUUUGGCUGGUCCAGGCGACUAUCUGUUUUCAACUUCUUGUUUGGCACGUCAUCGAGUAAUAAUAGUAUCAUUUACACGCCUGCCUUCUCGGAAACACUCUGUUGAUCAAAGUGUUCUUCCUUGAUAAUCUUGUGCUGCUGCUCCCUGCGCCUGUUCUCUACUUUAUUCUUCCACCCAAAGAACAAGACAUCCUUUUGCAUUCAAUCAUCUUUCCAACCCAUCAGUGUCAGUCAAUAUGAUCGCUCGCAACGCAAGGCCGAAGCUUUCACUGUGCACCUCUGCUGCGCAAAGUACUUCUCGUCAGCCGUUGUCCCUCAAGUCUCCUAGCGCGAUCCCGCGUACUCCGAUUUCCCCUGCCAGCCCGAGUGCAAAGCGGUUCUCGUCUUUUCAAGUCCCAAGCUAUGCCUACAGCAACUCGUGCUCGUCCAAGAGUAUUCUCAAGAAACAUUCGGGCGCUUCGAGCCAUGCAGAAAAGCGGAUUAAGUUCAAAGGCACUCCCACUGUCCACUGUGUCACGCCCAUCGAGAAUCCCGAGGAGUACUAUGGCACUUACACCAAGUUGUCGCGCGAGGAGCGACGUUGGAUGGUUCGUGAAUGAAGACGAGGCUGAUGUCGCUACAACCAACACUACGGCGAAAGGCAGAUCAGUGGGGAUGCUGGGCCAGAAAUCCGAAGAGCCUUCUGACGCGCCACGGUUUCUGCGCCCUCCCCGUUCCGACUCGGUUCUGAUACAGCCGAUCCGGUAUCUGGAGCGCAACGACAGCUCAGGGUAGGUCUGACGGCGCGAAACAUCGAAUGACCUGGAGCGCAGCCGAAACACUGGGAUGGAUGCAUCUGGUGGAAUGAGGAUAGACUCAGCGUGUAUAUGAUACCUGUUAUGUUCAUGAUGUGAUGAUACGGUCCGGCGUUAUGUACUUAGUAUAGGGCCUAUCUUGGGCUAAACCCAACGACGAUCGUUAUGGCUCCA